AUGGGAUCUUGUGCUAGUAAACAGAGAUCAAAAGAUGAGUCUAACCUUGACAAAACCUCGUCGUCGACACAAAAAUUACAAGCUGUACGUAGAACUCAGAAGUCUCAAGUCUCUCAGCCUAAGACCUCAUUGCCAAAAGUAAACAAAAACUCUAAGAAGCCUGGAGUGGGAAAAACGCUGGGCACAUCGGGCGAAGAUGGAAAGGAAAGUUCUGCUGGCCGUGCGGCCGGUAUAGCUGCAACUGAGAGACUUGAGAAAUCACAGAAGAAGUUGAAGAAUGGAGAUUUGGGCAAGAAACUGGAUCAGCAACGUUCCAAGACAAUGAAUACACAUUUGAAAGAUAAUGCCGAAAGUCGAAGAAAGGAGAGAGAGGCAGCUUUGAUAUACGACUAG